AUGACAGCCUCAUCAUAUUCGGAACAAUCAAGAUCCAAUACUGUCAUUGGUGUUGUAGUACUUUGUCAAUUUCUUGCGACCCUGAUAACAGGGCUCCGUUUAUGGACGCGGCGGGUCAUUCUGAACCAGCUGGGCAUUGACGAUUGCUUUGCAGCUCUCACUUUGGUUAAGAUCCAAUACGGCCUUGGAAAGCAUGUCUCGGCUGUCAAAACUACCGACCUGCCAAAGUUUCGCAAGAUGUUCUACUUCAGCAUCAUGUUCUAUAACUUGUCCAUGGUAUUUGUCAAGUUGACAUUCCUCUUCCAAUACUACCGGGUCUUGGCCACUCAGGAAAUGAGAAAGAUUUACAUAGCCGUUAUUGCAGUAGUCACUGGCUGGACCUUAUCCCAAGUAUUCGUUUCCAUCUUUGGCUGUUGGCCUAUCUCCGGAUUCUGGGAUGAUAGCAUAGGCGCGCGAUGUAUUCCCACACAGCCAUAUUGGUACAUCAACGCCGCAGGGCACAUCCUCACGGAUAUUGUCAUACUAGUAUUACCUAUACCUGCUAUCAGUCGUCUUAAGCUCCCACGACGUCAGAGAUAUAUCCUCAUGGGCAUAUUCUGCCUGGGAUUCUUCACUGUGGCCAUUUCCAUUAUUCGAACGACACAUCUCGGCGAACAGUCGGAUCUGACCUGGGACAACGUGACCUCCGCAUUGUGGUCCGUUAGUGAGCUAACCUCGGCUCUUGUGUGCGCCUGCCUUGCCACUCUCCGACCCUUCUUUUCUUCUUACUUCCCUGCGUUGGCCGCAAGAUUUGCCCGCUCCACUGGGUCUCGAACCAGAGUGAAAGACAGCUUUAUCGGGGAGGCGGUUCAGCGCCAGAGCUACAGCGCCCAAAUACUAGCUAUAAAGUUGGGCAUACCUGGCAUACAUUAG